CCAGGAAUUCAAAGGAAGUUACACGCAGCCAAAACGUACAGAGCUGACAAGACGAAAAUGUAAUUUUGCCUUAUCUGAGCGUUUGCGUAUGCUUGUUAGCAAGAAUAACUAUCCCACAAUACAAGUGAAGAUUACAAUGGCUUGCAGUAAAUACAAAUCAACAAAGGAGACAACCCACGCCGCCCGUCUGUCUAGGUUGUUGUUGGAUCCAUGCACAUAUAUCUUCAGGGACCUUCUCAGGAGCUUCAUACCUGAAGCCCAAUUUCCUCAUAUCCUCAGAAACUUCGUGGCUACUUUAAUACCGAUUAUCAACAAAGACCAAAGAAACUUACUUUAUCCUCGUGCAGGGCAAUACUUGGGGACAUAUGAGGACUUUGAUCUUUCUUUGUUAUAUAUUUUGUUGAGAAAUAUAUCAGGGAUACCUCCCCACAAGAACGGAUGGGGUAAACAACCAGAUCCAACUGAUCGAUCCCUCUCUGCCAACAUUGAUCGCACCAGAGAAAUACGAAAUACCUAUUGUGGACAUGUACCUAGAGUAACACUUCCUGAACAGGAUUUCCAGAGAAUCUGGCAAGAUACGACAGUUAUAAUCCGUGAGCUCGAGGGAAGCCUAACAGCAGGAUGUACAACGUAUACAGAUGCAGCCAAGCUGAUAAAAACCGACACGAUGGACCCAGAACAAGAAAAUAAAUAUUUGGAUAUUAUUGAUAAACAGCAUAAAGUUUGGGAGGAUUUUAAAGAUACAACAAAUGUGAUAAUAAAGGAACAAGAGAAAAUACAACAAGAACAACAACUUCUGCUAGUGGAACAAGACAUACUGAAGUCUGAUCUACAGCAACAAGGGCAAGAAAUAAGGUCUCAGCAACACAGACAUGAAAAUGAGCUAAAAUCUGCGCUGCAAAAACAAGAAAGCAAAAUUAUAUGUGAGCAAAAAAGACUAGAUAAAAAGUUUAAAUCUGCGCUCCAAAAACAAGAAUUGGAUCUAAAGUCAGAGAUACAGCUAAAAGGAAUGGAACUUUACACCGAACAAAAAACGCAGAAAAUGGGAUUAGAAAUGAUGACAGACCGUCUUGCAAUGUUAGAAAAAAAUCCUUACUGUGAAAAAAACAACAUUCUGGACAAUACAUCAGCCAUUCUUCAAACUCAUAAAUCGCGCAAUGUGUACAUUCGGACAUCAGCCGUAAAAAGAAUUAUAGAAAAACUCAAGGAGAAAAAAAUCCUCGUUCUAACAGGAAGAGCCGGAUGUGGAAAGACAACCACAGCUUAUCAAGUGAUGCUUGAGCUGUCAGAAGAAUCUUCAGAGCCACCCUAUACACCCGUACUUAUAGAUUCUCCCGAUGAGUGGAACAAAGUUAUUAACCGUAAUCAGCGAUCUAUUGUUUUCCUUGAUGAUUUUAUUGGAUCGACAAAUUUAGAUACAGGAGCCUUUGAUAAAUGGAAGUCGAAAUUUGAUGCAGUAUCUGCAUGUACUACAUAUGGACAAGUUUUAAUGAUGAUUGGAUUAAGAAAGAAUCUUUUAGAAGACGUAGAGAAGUAUGACACUCGAGGCUUUUUUCGGCAAAAAACAAUCAUUGACCUGUCCAUAGAGAAGAAUUUCACAUUUCAAGAUAAAGAGAAAAUGUUUGCAGAAUAUUAUGCAAAGUGCUCUUUUAAAGAUUCAAUUAACUUGUGUGUAGAGGAAAGAUACCGUAUAAUAGAUACUGAUCCAUAUUAUGGAUUUCCUUUGACAUGUUAUCAAUACUUUUCUAGGCACGAAUUCUAUCAACUUGGUCUUUCCUACUUUUUACGUCCAAAUGAGUUGCUGUACAAUGCAAUAAAAUAUAAAAGAUCAAUAUAA